AUGUACGGCGAUGGAGAAGCGGCCAUGUGGGACCGAGUUGGACGUCCACGGCGGGAAUGCAUGUGCUACUUGGGACCCCCGACUACUCUAAUGCCUAUUGGGAUGCGGAAAUCGCCGGACGUGAGCCCCAGGCGGCUGUCGGACAUCAGCCCCCAACUUCGACAGCUCAAGUAUCUGGUUGUGGACGAAUCGAUCAAAGAGGACCUGAAAUCGUCACGGUCAGUCGAGGACAUCAACAGCGCGUCCAUCGAGGAGCGCAUCCUUAGGAUCACAGGAUAUUAUGGGUACCAGCCGUGGAAUGCAGUUUAUAACAGGGAAGACCGGCCCCGGGACAACGCUGCGGGGGCAGCAGAUGGCCAGGCAGCGGGAAGUGGCGCCGGGGGCGACACGGGUGGCAGUCGGCGGAAGCUCCGCUGCUGCGUGAGGGUUACGGCUGCCCAGGUGCGCAAGGCCUUGUGGGGCGUCGUCAUGGUGAUGUGCGUCUGCUCAUCAUGGGCAGGCUCCACCCAGCUGGCCAAGCUCACCUUUAGGCAGUUUGACGCCCCCUUCACCCUCACCUGGUUCGCCACCACCUGGAACUGCCUCUUCUUCCCCCUCUACUACGUGGGACACCUGUGCAAAAGCACGGAGAGGCAGACUCCGAAACAGAGGUUCAGGGAGUGCUGCAGGUUCUUUGGAGAUGACGGUCUGACAGCGAAGGUGUUCCUCACCAAGGUGGCCCCCUUCGGCCUGCUGUGGACCCUGACAAACUACCUGUACUUUCAGGCGCUCCGCAAGAUCAACACCACCGACGUGUCCACGCUUUUCUGCUGCAACAAGGCCUUCGUUUUCCUGCUGUCCUGGAUAGUGCUUCGUGAUCGCUUCAUGGGCGUCAGGAUUGUGGCAGCCAUCUUGGCCAUCGCUGGCAUUGUGAUGAUGACGUACGCCGACGGGUUCCACAGCCACUCCGUCAUUGGCAUCACCCUGGUGGUGUCCUCUGCCUCGAUGUCAGCGCUGUACAAGGUGCUCUUCAAGCUGGUUUUGGGCAGUGCCAAGUUUGGAGAGGCAGCGCUCUUUCUGACCAUUGUGGGCGGGGCCAACUUCGUAUUCAUAAGCUUCAUCCCUGUCAUCCUCUACUUCACACAUGUGGAGUACUUUGGCUCACCAGACAACAUCCCCUGGGGCUUCCUGUGUGGGGUGGCAGGCUUGCUUUUAGCAUUUAACAUCCUGGUAAACUUCGGCAUUGCAGUAACUAACCCCACGCUGAUUUCCCUGGGAAUCGUCCUUAGUGUCCCUGUUAACGCCAUGGUGGAUCUGUACACCUGUGAGAUCCAGUUCAACACGGUGCGCCUCAUAGCUGUCUUCAUCAUCUGCCUGGGCUUCCUAAUGCUGCUGCUGCCCGAGGACUGGGACCAGUGCUUGAUCCAGCUCAGCUCCAAGCUGCGCAAGAAGGAGGAGGCCGUCGAGGGUGCCGGAGAGGCAGGCGCCUGUGGGGGACUCAACUGGAGUCGCAGGGCCCGGACGUCCAUGUCGACAUUCACACACUGACAUGUUGAGCCCGCCUCUGAACGCCGGCCAGACCAAUCCUGCCUGGCAAGCCGCUCACCUUUUAAAAUUCAGCCAGUUGUGCACUCAACCAUUCAUUUACCGAUGGGGAAGAAGCUCCUAUUUUUCUGCUCUACCAAAAGGAAGCAAAAAAAGCACAGGUAUUAUAGUUUAUAAUUUGAACUCAAAGUCAAAAAUAUAAUUUUUAAUGUUUUAUAUGAAGUACAGCAGUCCAUAAUUACUUCAAAGUGUACAGUAGUUUGCAUGGGUUUUAAAUACAUAUUUUCUUCUUGCCUCACUCUACCCUUUCCCAUUCAGCUCCAUCACUAUUUAUCCAUUCUUUGGAAGGACCUUUUGCAUCACUUACCCGUUUCUGGAAGCCCAGCCAAGAACCAUAACAGCGACAUCAUUCCAAAAUCAGUUGCUCAAACAGGGAUAAUGGUUGGCUUGAAGAUAUUUGCAUACCAGGUCACCAGCCAAUGAGGAAAAUUCUUAUACUCAUCCAAAGAAACUUGCCAUUGGUGGAGACAUUUAUUGAAUUUUAGCUUAUACUGUGGUGAAAUUUAAUGGUCUAUACCUGUCCUCACUGCACUGUAUAUAUUUUUGGUACCGCCUUAAUACAUCUCUGGGUGGGAGCAGACAUGAUUGAGGAAGAUUUCACACACGAAAGAGAGCUACUUAAGACCGAGAAUGUGUUGAAGGUUCAGGAAGUUCAGCCUGCUGGGGACAGUUUCCCGGGAGUGAGGCUUCCCUGAGGCACUGAGAACCAUCAUGGGCACAGUCCCUAGCAGGCCAGAGCCCCCGUCCCCUCACCGUUGCCGCUGGCCAUACCGUGCUUAGCAGUCACGCCGAAUCCAUGCCUGCUUUGCAUGCCGUGUGUGAGCUAAGCAAAGGCAAAAUUGGCAAGAGUGCACACAUCUUAAGCCUCUGCCACAGCUGGAACUACAGGCCUUCUUUCACUGUACUGCUUACUCUACCACAGAUUUUGCGAAAAUGUUUUUUUUUGAGUAAUAACUAUAGCCACAUACCAGAGGGUCCAUACUGUGAUGGUAUUUAUGAGUUCUGACUCAAGUUAAUUUCAUUGUCAAUGCAUAUUACAAUAAUUCACCCAGCAGAUGACUAUGAAUUUAAAGCCUUUAAUGCCAGGAUGGCAGUUAUCUGCUUAAUCCUGGGGGGGGGGGUGAAUAGCAUUCAAAAGAUUUCUUUUUAGAUACUUUUUAAAGUUUAUGCUUAGUGUCAAUUCCACAUAUUUUGGUACAUAGACAGUGAGCAAUUGGAACACUGUGAAUAGGUAUUGCCAUAUCCAAGUGAGUAACAUCCAGAUGGGGGAUGGACUUAUGGGGAUAUUAGUGGGUGUGGGAGGUGUGUGUGUGUGUGUGUGACUGUGAUCCUUGGUAUCCACCCUGCCAUGAAUGUAUGACUAUUUCUCUGACCAUCCACAUUAAGCUGUGUUCUCCUUCACACAUACAUCUCAGCCUUGGGUCUGGGCAGUUCUUCAUCUUGUCUGCAAAAGCUGCUAAUUCUUCACCAAGCACCACAUACUACUAAACUGUUCUGUGUGUUGCCAUUCAUUCAUUCUAGCACAGGUGCCUCAGCUGACUGAUAGUCUUGGGGGCUGCUGUCAUCUUCCUCAGCAUGUUUCAGUUGCUGAAGCUCCUUGACUGAGUAACACUCACGAAAUGCCAGGUUCCCCAGUUCCUGCUUCAGGAGAACAGCAAAGCCUUUGACACAGAACGAAUCCCUGAAGAUACAGCUUACAUUAGGUGAUUCUGUAACUUGCCCAGCCUACAAUACUGUAUUGUUACAACAGUGUAUAGAGUUGCAUAUUUACCAGAGAAUCAGCUUUGCCAGCUUGUCAGGGAGCAGCACCACUUUGAUUCAGACUAUAUCAUGAACACCAGAUGCCCUAGGAAAUACACAACUUAGGCUUGUUUGAAAGCUAUUCAUGUCUUCAUGUUUAACUUGAAUGCAAGAUAAACAGAUGAAACUUAGGGCAGACACCACUCUGUCAGUAUACUGAAGUAUAUAUAUAUAUGGUGCUACCUGAACAGAACGGAACGUGGACUCAAAGAUGAGAGCAUGCGGGACACAGGCUGUGUGGUUCUAUCGCCUUUUUUUGCAAUAGAAAACAUCAAUGCUGUCACCCAUUGUCAUUUUUUACAAUGGCAAUAAAAUAUUAUAUUGUAUUCCUCUGGGAUUAUUGCUAGAUGUAACUGUAAACCUUUGUAAGGAAUGAUGGUUUUUACACUGAAAUGCAAUGUAAGAUCACAUUUGAGGAAAAAAA